AUGACAACUGAAAAUACACGUAUUGAGCUUUGCUUUCAAGAUAACGACCUCGGUCCCUUCGCAUGCCAUAAGCAUAUGCUGAUCAAAGAUGGCCAAGGCAAACCGAAAAAACAGAAACUUGAUCUUACUGUGCGCGACCGCGAUAUCGUCUUUUGCGUUUCCUUGGAUGCAUCUACUGUCUGCGUAUUACACCUGCAGUGUGUUCGCGAGGAUACCGUAGCAAUGGCACAGGUUGCUAUCGAGGAGCUUUUGGAUGAGCUGAAGUCAUUAGAUAACAGAAACAAUGACCUUACGAUCACGGUGGAGAUUAAGAAAGAGGAUGCUAAGGAUGUGAUUCAUUAUGAAUUUCAGAAAUUUAUUGCUGCACAGGCUGAGAAGCGUGGCCUUAAGUUCGAAUGGAUGGAGGGAGGUUACUCACGGGGAAUACUACGGGCUCUCCAUGAGCAGGUAUAUUUAGAGCUGGGAUGGCGUAAAAGCGGCGCUUGGGAAUCGAGGAGUGGAAGACGCCAUGGAGUUGGGUCAAGGCAGUUUGAGGCCAAGGAGCGAGAGGAGCGAAAAGAGCAAAAGAAAGGAAAGAAGGGAUAUGUGGCUGGCCUAAGUAGCAAUGGCCCUGACUCCAUAUAG